AAGGGAAAAAAGCCAAAGGGAACAAGAACAAGAACAAGAGCAACAAAGCAAGAAAGAAAGGCAUAACAAUAAUGGAAGCAAAAGGUGAAGUGAGAAGGCUUCACAUAAUUUACUUUCUUAGUAACAUAGGUGGUCGUCCAGAUCAUCCUCAUCUCAUUCGUGUUCUUCAUCUUGCUCGUAAUGGUGUUUAUCUCAGAGACGUUAAGAUGUGGCUUGGGGAAUUGAGAGGAAAAGACUUGCCAGAAGCAUUUUCUUGGUCCUACAAGAGGAGGUACAAAAGCGGGUAUGUGUGGCAGGACUUGUUGGAUGACGACCUCAUAACUCCCAUUUCUGACAAUGAAUACGUCCUCAAAGGAUCACAAAUCCAUCCAACCCCAUUUGAAAAUUUUUCCCCUGAUGGAAAGACAAAAUCUCCGCAAGUACAUGUUACAGAGGGAAAACAGCAGCCAUCUCUAAUAGAAGAAGAAUCUAGAAUUAUUGGACGAGACAGGGAGUCCAAAAUGGAUACUCCUACGAAAGUAUCAUCGGAGAUCAGCCAGGACUCCUUGGUGUUUAGCUCCGAGAGGUCGUCCGUGACGACGGACGGAUACGAAUCUUGCAAGGCAGAAGAAGAGAAGGAAAAGCCUUCGGUGAGAAGCAACAAAGAAUGCAGCAUUGAAAAAGAACACGAGAAACCGGAGAAUUGUGCAUUGCCUUCUUUGUACCACAAACUUCUGAGUAAGAGUAUUGGUAACAAAGAAGAACAGAACAAAACUGAUACACCUGAUUCUUCUUUUUCUACCUCCUCCUCUUCGUCGUCACAAUCCUCCUUUAGCAAGCUUAGGAACAGUUCGAACCGAGUUUCGAUGGCAUUCCGGAACUGGAUUUCUUGUGGGACAGUGGAUACAAAUGAUGCAGCUCUAAUAAGGAUGGGAGAUGCUAAGAAAAUUGAUUCAAAUGAGUCUAUGACUAACUUACCAGAAAAUAAAGCACAGAUUUGUAAAGGAGACAAAUUCGGAGGAUCAGCCAGGUGUUUUAGAAUUUCUUGGAAUAAUGAUCAACAAGAAAACCAACAUGGGGCCAGAAAAAGUUUUGAUGGGGAGGAAACAAACAGAAGCAGGAGAAAGCUGGGUGACUUCUUAAAUCAAACUCAUCACAAACCACUUGGUGAACCAAUUUGCUCGCUAUGUGGGAAGCCGUUCAAACCAGAGAAAAUGUACAAACACAUGAAGUCUUGUAAAGGAAUCAAAGCAUUGGGAACAUCCACUGCAACAGCAGCACUUGCUGACAAGACACAGCUUCAUAGAUCAUCAACUUCCAAUCAUACAAAUUACCUUUUGACUAAUUAGAAAGAUGAAAAUCCCUUUCACCCUCUAGAACCAACUUAGCAUUUGGCUUUUAUGUUUAGAUGUAGCUCAUCCUAUUAGAUAUUCUUGUCUUUCUCUGCUAGUUCAAGUCAACGCCUGCUUCGAAUGUGAGGCCUACUUGGGUCUAUACCAUCUUUAUAUAGCAAAGAGGUAUAUAAUAUAACGACUCCGUAUAUAAGACAAAAUUAUAUU